GGGAUGAUGGCGGCGGGAUGUUAGGGUUGUGUGAGGAAAAGUGAUACACGGACAUGUUUGCUGUUCUGUUGCUCUGUGUUUAAUUGUAAUGAGAGCUGAGUGACCGAUCAUCAGCCAAGAUGACUUCCAUUAUUAAGUUGACAACGCUCUCAGGAGCACAGGAAGAAUCUGCGGUUUGCUAUCUGCUUCAAGUUGAUGAAUUUCGGUUUCUAUUGGACUGCGGCUGGGAUGAGAACUUCUCAAUGGAUAUUAUAGAUUCAAUAAAAAAAUAUGUUCACCAGGUAGAUGCUGUGCUGCUCUCCCACCCCGAUCCCUUACAUUUGGGAGCACUUCCCUAUGCUGUUGGAAGAAUGGGCUUGAAUUGUGCUAUAUAUGCUACUAUACCAGUCUACAAAAUGGGUCAAAUGUUUAUGUAUGACUUGUAUCAGUCUCGACACAACACAGAAGAUUUCAAUUUAUACACUCUGGAUGAUGUUGAUUCUGCCUUUGAUAAGAUACAGCAGCUAAAGUUCUCUCAAAUUGUGCAUUUGAAAGGGAAAGGUCACGGCUUGUCCAUCACACCUUUACCAGCUGGACACAUGAUUGGAGGUACCAUAUGGAAAAUCGUAAAAGAUGGAGAGGAGGAAAUUGUAUAUGCUGUAGACUUCAAUCACAAGAGGGAAAUACAUUUGAAUGGAUGCUCUUUGGAGAUGAUCAACAGACCUUCCCUACUUAUCACUGAUUCCUUUAAUGCUACAUAUGUGCAACCCAGAAGAAAACAGAGAGAUGAACAACUUCUAACAAAUGUCCUGGAAACCCUAAGGGGUGAUGGAAAUGUACUAAUCGCAGUAGACACAGCAGGAAGAGUCCUAGAACUGGCUCAACUUUUGGAUCAGAUCUGGAGAACCAAAGAUGCUGGUCUGGGUGUUUAUUCCUUGGCACUUUUAAAUAAUGUCAGCUACAAUGUAGUGGAAUUUUCAAAAUCUCAGGUAGAGUGGAUGAGCGACAAGUUGAUGAGGUGCUUUGAGGACAAAAGGAACAACCCUUUUCAAUUCCGCCACCUCACCUUGUGUCAUGGAUAUGCUGAUCUAGCUCGUGUACCAAGUCCAAAAGUGGUCCUUGCAAGUCAGCCUGAUCUAGAGUGUGGAUUUUCCAGGGAGCUUUUCAUUCAGUGGUGUCAGGACCCCAAAAACUCAGUUAUUCUUACCUACAGGACAACUCCAGGAACUCUAGCUCGGUUUCUUAUUGAUAAUCCUACAGAAAAAAUUAUAGACAUAGAGCUCCGCAAGCGUGUGAAACUUGAAGGGAAGGAGCUGGAAGAGUACUUAGAAAAAGAGAAACUGAAGAAAGAAGCAGCAAAAAAAUUAGAGCAGUCAAAAGAAGUAGACAUUGACUCCAGUGAUGAGAGUGACGCUGAUGAGGAUGUUGAUCAGCCAACUGUUCACAAGGCCAAACAUGACCUAAUGAUGAAGAAUGAGGGCAGCAGGAAAGGGAGUUUCUUCAAGCAGGCAAAGAAAUCCUACCCUAUGUUCCCUGCACCUGAAGAGCGAAUCAAAUGGGAUGAAUAUGGAGAGAUUAUAAAACCAGAAGAUUUUUUGGUCCCUGAGCUUCAAGCAACAGAGGAAGAGAAGAAUAAGCUGGAAUCUGGGUUGACAAAUGGGGAUGAACCAAUGGACCAAGAUCUAUCAGAUGUUCCCACUAAAUGUGUUUCAGCAACAGAAUCAAUGGAAAUCAAGGCCAGAGUUAAUUACAUUGACUAUGAGGGACGCUCAGACGGAGACUCCAUAAAAAAAAUCAUUAACCAGAUGAAGCCACGUCAGCUCAUUAUUGUGCAUGGCCCUCCUGAUGCCAGCCAAGAUCUUGCAGAGGCAUGUAGAGCAUUUGGAGGCAAAGAUAUUAAAGUGUACACCCCAAAACUCCAUGAGACCGUAGAUGCCACAAGUGAGACACACAUUUAUCAGGUCAGACUAAAAGAAUCUCUGGUCAGCUCCCUUAAGUUCUGUAAAGCAAAAGACACUGAGCUAGCAUGGAUUGAUGGAUUGUUGGACAUGCGGGUGGAUAAGGUAGACACAGGAGUUAUCUUAGAAGAAGGAGAACUAAAAGAUGAAGCGGAAGACUCUGAGAUGCAAGUUGAUACUCCUUCUGUAGAUGCCAGUUCUAUAGCCCAGCAGAAGGUUAUUAAAAGCAUAUUUGGAGAUGAUGACAAGGAAUUUUCUGAGGAGAGUGAGAUCAUUCCUACACUGGAGCCAUUGCCACCAAAUGAGAUUCCAGGUCACCAGUCUGUAUUUAUGAAUGAACCAAGGCUCUCAGAUUUUAAGCAAGUGCUCCUGAAAGAGGGGAUUCAAGCAGAAUUUGUUGGAGGUGUGCUAGUUUGCAACAAUGUGGUGGCUGUUCGCAGGACUGAGACAGGACGCAUCGGAUUAGAAGGCUGCCUCUGUGAGGAUUUUUUUAGAAUAAGAGAACUUUUAUAUGAACAAUAUGCCAUUGUCUGAAGACUGUUUACAAAGGCAUUUGAUAUGUGACCUUUUUCAAGAAACGGUGAAAGAACAGAUUUUUCCUUCUUUUUAUAUUUAUUUUUUUACCUGGAUAAGCAACUGAAGAGAACAGUUUGUAACGGAAAAUUAGAUGACAAAAUGUGCAGCAAUCUGUCAAGUGCACACUGGCUGUGAAAUGUGUUUUGCCCAAUGGCAUUUUGGAUAUGUGAGAUGGAAGAGAAUUGAAUCUCAGUGUAGAAUAACCAAAUACAACUGCAACACAAGAUGUUUAAUAAUUUAAUUACAAGAUAUAAAAUAAAGGUUUUUGUAAACCUAGAAUUAUAUAUAAAUAUGAUGUAAACCAGUGCUUGACAAAUCUGUUUAAAAAUUAGUAGCCAGUAAGAAUAUUUAGGAGCCAGGCAUAUUUUUAGGAGCCAGACAGUUGGAUUUGUAUAUAGAUAUAUGGAGAAUAAUCCAAAAAUUUAGGAGCCAGGGGUAAAAUUCUAGGAGCCAGUGGCUCCCAGGCUCCUGGGUUUGUCGAGCCCUGAUGUAAACAAGCAAACUAGGUUUCUGUUGUAAAGUUGUACCACUAACAAUUUCAGUAAAUGACCCUGAAACUGA